AUGCCGAAAACAAAAGGAGCAGCAGCACCAAAAUCCGACGAUCUGGAGAUCGUCUCCAUCGGAUCUCUGUACAAAGGCCCUUGGGAGAAGAAGUAUUGGAGCUCCUCUAGGGGCAAAGAUCGAUAUCCUUAUCCUGUUGGAUAUCAAGCUGUUAGGGCUCACAAUGGAAGCACUUAUAAGACAGAAAUUCAUGAAGGUACUAAAGGGCCUUUGUUUAUGAUCUCUUGUGAUGGACAAUCGUGUUCUGGACAAACUCCAGACAUUGCAUGGGAGAAAUCUCAGAAGAUGGGUGGCUCACAUUUGAAGAUAUGGCAUGGAAAGAGGUUCUCAUGCAAGAUAGACAGUGUGGAGUUUUUUGGAUUCAAAAAUCCAUUUGUUCAAAGGUUGCUGCGGGAAUUGGUGGCAAAUGUCAAUGGAACAGCAGAAAGGAGUUUGUUAUCUUCCAGUUCCUGCAAUGAUGCUUCUAAAAUGGAAAAUGACAAUGGGAGCUCAACUAUCUGUACUGCUCCUGAAUUACUACCAUAUUUGGCCAGGCCACAGAUUAGAAAAAAGAGAAGUACAAGGUGUGGAAUAACGAAAAGCAAGUUGGCAGACAGUCCUGGCCUUAAACGACCCCGAUCUAUGGACUUGAUUUAUGUUACAGAGGGUUCAAAUUUAGUAAAAAGGAACCAAGUGAAAGAUGAGCAUGAGUUUCCAGCAACUCAUUUUGCUUCAAAAGAUGAAAAUGACAAAAUUAUAGAAGCAUCAGGAUUGCGCUCAAAAUCAGUGGGGAAAGAUGUGAAAAACUCUCCAGCCAAAGAUAGUUUUCCAUUGAAAUUUCUUGAUUUCUUGGGUCAUCAUGGUGAGAACGAAGCCAAGAGCAAGUUUUUUAGCUCCCAAAAUGCAAAAUUGACUAGAGUAGCUAACAUUGCAAAUGAGGAGUUAUGUAGGCCACAAGAUACUGUACUGGAAGGAUUCAGUUUCCCAGUAAAAACAGAUGACAACCAUGGAGAUUCAUCAGUUCCAACUUAUUCCAUGGGCAUAAAUGACUUCAAUCUUUGCGCACCAGAUACUUUGGAUUUUGAAGAUGACAGGACAAGUGUUGCUUUGGGUGCAAGGGACACAACUAACAGUAAGGAAGUAGAGUUAACUGCUGCUGAUGUAGUAAUUUCUGAUGGCUUCAUGGCUGAGUCUCAUCAAGAAGAAGAAAUAGGCACAUCUAAUUCAAAUACAGGUUCUGAAAAAAGUGAUUUUGAUUCAGUUGGUCAGGAAAUGACUAAGCUGAUGAUGACAGUUUUACUUCCACAAGCUGUUCCAUUACUUAAGAGGUCUUCAAAGAAGAAAAAAGAAGCAUUUAGCCCAUGCAAAGUAUUGCCUCACGUGGUGAAUUCUCGAGAGGACACCAUUGAAACUAACCAUUUGUUGGCCCUUCCAUCUUUUGCCAUCAGUCCAACUGAGGAUGCAAGUACAGAACAUGAUACACAAACGCAUAUCCAAGGUUUAGACCAUGGUUUAGUUGUGCCAAAUCUUGAACACUUGAACUCUGUUAUUCUCGACAGUUUUGAGGAUGGUCAGGGGGAUCAUGUAGCUAGUCAACCUAUAUUGUUUUCAAAACAUAUGAAGGUUGAUCGAACUAGUUUCAAUAAAGAUGCACUUCAUUCCAACAUUCAGGAACGGCUUAGCAUCAAUCCGAAGCAGGAAACAUCAGUUUAUUGUGGUGAGCUCGGUGGGAUCCAAGAUAGCAUCUGCCACAAGGAAGUAAACAUGGCUUUAAAUAAAGAGCACCUGAAGAGUGAUGUGACCAAAUGUGAGUCUGUUUUAGGGUGUGUGUCUCCAAUCAUUAAAGCUGUCUCUGAAGAUAUUCAGGGUGUUUCGGUGAAUUUGGAUGGUAACUGUGCAGAGCAUCUGAAGAGUGAUGUGAACAAAUCUGAGUAUGUUUUAGGGUGUGUGUCUCCAAUCAUCAAAGCUCUCUCUGAAGACAUCCACGGUGUUUCUGUGAAUUUGGAUGAAAACUCUGCAGAUACUGGAAAACAUGCUUUGGAGAAGAAGCCCAAGAAGGCACUUAACUGUGCUGAAGUUGAGGAUACAGAUGAUAUUAAUUCAAGAGGAAUUGAAACUCCAUUGAAAUUAUUAGGGAAGGACAGUGAGGCUGAAACCAGGGCUCCUCGUACUAGCUCUUCUCAUCAAACACAGAAUAAAGUAUAUACCAGAAGGAAAGUCUCAAAACAAGCUCAUUCAGCUAGAAACUACACUGCUCCUCUCUCUGAAAGUAUCAUAUGCAGAAAUUCUGGAGAUGAUUAUGCCCCUAAUAAGUCUGUUAUGACAGGAGCUUCACUUGUUUCUAAGAGUUGUCAUUCUUCUGAUGACAAACCAUGCAGCAGAAAUAUCCUGGGUAAUACACCAAUGCUUGAUGAGGAGAAAACUACUACAAAUUGCAACCCUGAAAUCAGUAACAUAACACCUUCUCUAUCCAAUGAAGUCCAAAAGUUGACUUGUGUCUCUAAAGCAAAGGAUGCAUCUUGCUUACUUGAUCCAUCUGUUUCACUUGAAAGGAUAUUUCAAGAAAACUGUCACAAGGAGAGGCUUGAACAUAGAACUAUUGUAGAAAACGGCUGUUCCGCAUCAUGUCAAAACCAGAUGACUAGUUUUUGUGACAAGAACUUAACUAUAUCAAUGGGAGUUCAAGGUAGUUCAGAUGUCAACGAUUAUAGGGGUGUAGAGCAUACUAGUGACCUAAAGGGCAUUUUCAACCCUGUAGGACGCUAUUGCCUUCCUUUGCCUAUUUUAUCAGUAUUACUGGGUACAAAAGGAGAAGAAAUCCACAUUUGUGUUUCCUGUGGUCUUCUUGCAGAUAGGGACAGAACCUUGUUUGUCUACAAGGUGACAACUGAAGAACAAAGGAAAGGAUGCCCUUCUUUUGUUGGUUACACAUCUGUAGCAUUACCAUCUUCCGAAAUUGAUGUAGAAAGACGCGGCUUACAAUUCAACCCAGGCGGGCAGUGUCUUGUUUUACUUGAUAGCAUUAAAACACCUUAUUGCAGGGAAGGGAGAAGAGAUUGUAUCUGCCCAAUUUGUCUUUCAGGCUGCCCGAAGGAGAACGCAGUAAAAAUUGUGCGAGUAAAUUCUGGUUAUGUUUCUUUGGUUGCAAAGGUGGAGACAAUUCAAAGUGUGCAAUGUAUAUUGGUUUGUGAAAAUGACUAUCUGCUAGCUGCUGGAAAGAGUGGGAGACUGCAUCUUUGGGUCAUGAAUUCAACAUGGAGUGCAUGGACUGAAGAAUUUAUUAUACCCGCUGGCGACUUCAUAUCUUGUGUAGUGGAGCUGAAGAAAAUUCCAAAGUGUGUUCAUUUGGUGAUCGGACACAAUGGUUUUGGGGAUUUUAUAUUAUGCUAUGCUGAUAUGAAAGGGUGCAAUGAUCAAAUCAUCGCAGAAACAAAAUUUUGGUUUUCUGAACAUAAGGAUCGCACUUUUCUUCCAUUGGAGGGGGAAGAUGUUGCGAUCUGGCUUCUUGUCUCGACUACUUCUGAUGCUCAGCAUGAACAUUUAUCAAGUAAUUGCCAAGCAAAUACAACCGGAUGGAGGCUAGCUUUGUUGGUGAAGGACACUGUGAUUUUGGGGAGUACAAUAGAUCCAAGGGCUGCUGCAGUUGGUGCAUCACUUGAUCACGGGAUCGUGGGAAGGGAUGAUGGUUUAGUGUAUAUGUGGGAACUGUCCACCGGAACUAGACUUAACGUUUUGCAUCAUUUUAAAGGUGGCAGUGUUUCGUGUAUUGCAACCGAUGAGGAAUGGAGGCCAAACGUUGUGGCUGUAGCUUCGGGUGACGGAAGUUAUACGAGAGGUACCUCGUUGUGGUGGUAUCUUGUCGCCAAUACGCCUGGUGCGUCUUCACUUUGGGUUGGAUUCUUCUGGUUCUAUGCACUGGGUGGUCUUGGUUGGAAUUACGACCUUAGAUGCUGCAACAUAAGUUUUAACUGCAUGCCAGGGGGCUCAUUUCAAGUGAUGUCUGGUCAGGCGCCGUUCUAUAGGUUGUGGUUGUACAGGAUAGGGCGGGAUCUCUUCAGUAUCAAUAGCAGAGUCGGAAACUGCUUCUUCAUUGGUCUUCUCAACAUCAACAGGAUGGGCGGGAGUUUGUUGCCCUGGAGAAAGAAUCUCCUCAACCUCAACGUCGGACUAGGGGAAGGUGUCAAGCGACUCAAUGUCUUAUGGCUCUAUGGGCUAGUCGGUUGUUAUCCUCAUCAGAAUACUCGGCUUCAGCGGGUGGGGCAGUCGGUUGUUUGGUCUGACGGUCUGCAUCUUGCAGGGCUUGAUCAGGAAAUGUUGCAGUAA